UGUAUUCCGCGUGGGCGUGUCUCUCUCUCUCUCUCUAGGGAUCGCUCUGGUCAGCAAUUGAACUCAACUCGUUCUCUUUCUCUCAACAUAACUCACUACUAUUAACCCCAUCCCACCCAAUACACUUCAAUACCUAAUUACUCGCACGCGCAACGCAAACCCAAACCCAAACCCAAACCUCGCCUUCAUCUCUCUCAACACACUUACCCGCCAAAAUUUUAAUUAGCCUUAGCCCCCUCCAAUUCAAACCUCUCUUCUCUUUUCUCUUCUAUUCCCUCUCUCUCUCCUCUCCUCUCUCCCCUCUCUCUCUAGGGUUUCCCUCCCAUGGAGACGGAGGAGGAGCUCGUGCCCGAUCCCAAACCGGAGGACCAGACCGUGCCGCUUCAGAACGGGGACUCUGACCAGCGCUGCGCCAAGAAGCCCAAGGUUGACGCCGACGCCGAAUUGAAGAGAGUGGCCGAGAUUGUUCUCGUUCUCUCUACCAUGGCCACGGUGCGUGCGGGGAGGAAGCCUUCAGACGCUGAGGUCGAGCUCAUGAGAGAGGCGCGCGCUAAGCUCGCCGGCCUCUGCCAGGGUUUGGCUCCCAAGGAUAUUGUGGCCAGGGAAGCAAUUGGCACCGUCAUCGAGGAUCUCGGAUUGCACUCCAAGCUUAAGGACCAGAGGCUAGGGUUUCGAACUCCCAAGAUGUCUAUUGCCGAGAGGUAUUCCCAUGCUAAGUGGAAGAUGGAGGAAGCAAAGAAGUUUUCUGCACCUUCUACAACACAUACAUCUCAACCCUUACAAUCAAACAUUGGUGGACCUGUUGACAAUCGUGUGCCAUCACAUGUUGUUCGAAUUUUCCCUUCUGAUAAACCAAGCCAGCCAGCAAUCCCUUCUAUGGGUGCCGUAGUGUCUAUUCCUCCCCAUGUUUCUGCAGGAUCUUCUGCAGUAUUGCAAUACCAGUCAACUGGCAAUGAAGUAAGACCACCUGUGGUUUCUGGUGUGAUGCCUAGCGGUCACUUGGGGAGAAAUUCGUCUUCCUUAGUAUUGCCUAAAGUUGAACAUCCACAGUUCAAAGUUGAUGGAGGAUCAAAUGGGUCUUCUUAUAUGCUACAAGUCCAAGCAAAUUCAUCAGCAAACCAACCUUUGGUGAAUGCUCCUGCAUGGUCUAUACCGACUCAAGCUGCUUCAGUAGCAAGAACUGUAUCAGAAAACAAGGUGCCUGCGACUACCUCUGUGAAGGUUGAAGGAACAUCUGACAUAACCGUAUCAAGGGCAGGGCCUCAAAUAACAACAGACCCGAGCUUUAGACCAUUUAUCACUCCAACCGCUUCUGUAAAUUUGUCUACUGUGCACCAGCCUUUGCAAGCCACGAACAUUGUUCAGCCUCCUUUGAUUCCCAGUCACACUGAUAUUGCAAAGGUUGUCCAGAAAGUGUUACAACCAAAGGUUCCCAGCCAUCCCACUUGGAUUCCUCCAUCAAGGGAUUAUAUGAAUAAGGCUUUGACAUGUCAGAUGUGUGAGCUCAGUGUUCAGGAGGUUGAUACUGUACUUCUCUGUGAUGCUUGUGAAAAGGGAUUUCACUUGAAGUGUCUGCAGCCCUCGGUCUUGAGAGGAAUUCAUAACAGAGUUGAUUGGCAUUGUAUGAGGUGCUUGAGUAUAAGUGGUGGAAAGCCUUUGCCUCCAAAGUAUGGUCGUGUCAUGAGAUCGUCAAGCACACCGCCAAAAUUGCCCUCUAAUAUCGGUGGUAUUCAAGCUUGCUCUGAGAAUAAAGCAGAGAACAUAGAACCAAAGGUCUUGCAGAUGGUAACAAAUGGGAGCACUGUUCCAACUGUUGCCAGUGGCAAUCACAAUGUUGAGGUGCCAUGUUACUCAAAGUUCCCUGAUACCAAAGGUAUACAAGGGAUUGGCAUUUCAUCCAGUAUUGAAGCUAUCGAUAAGAAGCCUGAUCCAAACAACUCUAUGAAAUCUCUUGGCGCAGCUUCUAGUCCUUCUAUUGGCUUGCUAGGUGAAUGCUCUACUAAACAAAUAAAUUCUAAGGUUUUGACCAGUAAAGAGACUUCAGAACGUGAGUCUCUUCCUAAAUUAUCUGAGCCGGCUAAAUGUGAAAGUAUGCAAUCAUCUCAAAAUUUUCAAGUGGAACAGACAAUGUCAAAAGACAAUGCUGAAGUAUCACCAGAUAAACACAUUGAUAGUAAAAUUAUGAAUAAUAAUCAAAAGGACUCUCUUAAAGGGGAAAAUUUAACUUACGAUAUUAAGCGUGAUGACCAAGAUGCUGCACUUGCAAACAUUGUUGGAAUUUCUGGAACUAAUACUGAAGGUAGACAGGACUCAACAUUAUCUUCAGAUGGUUCACAUGCUAUAGAAUGGAUUGGUGAUGUAGUACAGCUCGUAGAUGAAAAGAUUUUUUACCAAUCUUGUUGUGUUGAUGGAGUAACGUAUAGGCUACAGGGUCAUGCUCUUUUUCCUACCAGUAAUGGGAAACUAGCUCCUUCUAAACUCCAGUCUAUGUGGGAAGAUUGCAAAACUGGGUUAAAGUGGGUAAAGGUAACAAAGUGCUACUUUCCUGAUGAUUUGCCAGGGAAUAUUGGUCAUCCGUGUAUAUCUGAAGUCAAUGAGGUUUAUGAAUCUAAUAGUGAUAGAACUGAAAUGGCUAGCUCUAUUCAAGGUCCAUGUGAAGUACUUCCGUCUGAUAAAUUUAAACAAGAAAAUGACAGGCGAUGUCAGUUAGGAAUUGAGGAAAGUACUAGAAUACAGCCCAUUUUCCUUUGCAGGUGGUUUUAUGAUGAAUUCAAAAAAUUAUUUCAACCUGUAAUCAGUUGAUAAUGUCAUGAACGUAUAUGUUCCAUGAUUCGUACACUGCAAUUUUGUGUCCCUUGAUUCUCUCCGUCCCAGUUCCCGUGAUGAUCUUUGACGAUGUGCUUUUGAUUGGAUGCAGGCAGGUAUUUUGGGGGUUAGGAAACGGGGUUUUUCUUGUACUGCUGGGUAAUUGAGCAUGCAUUAAAAUUGUUGAGACACAUUAUAAGGCGCAUUGCAGCAACUUGCCUCGUGGUACUAGAAUGUUCUACCAUUUCUGCAUGAAUUGCAUUUGAUGUAAAAUAUGUAGCUGAAGGAAGCUGUGUGGACUGCUUAGUUUUUCUUAGCUUUGGCUUUGGUAGUUCUUUUCCCGAUAGAUAUUCAUUCUGUAUAAUUCUUUUUCGGGCAUUAGGCUCUUUAGGCCCAAUAAUCACAUUAUCAUCUUUGAAUUAGAUCAGUGUAGUUUCCUUAGCAUGCUGAAUUGUAAGAUACUUCAUCUGUACAAAAGCCAUUUCUUCUAAAAUGCAUAACCAUUGGAUAUCACAUUCCUUCA